AUGACGAACCGUCGGAGCAAGGCGUUAUCGCAUUCUGGCUCUCGCUGCCUUUCGCCGCUCACGCCGCGUCGACUUGCUUCUCAGACCUCGCCCCGCAUCCAGCCGGCCGCGGAGAGACUUCGCCACAGAGAAUCACGACGAUGGAGCUGCCACUCCAUCCCUUCCAUUCCUUCCGACAGGGGUUACUUGACCCAGACACCGCCAUAUUCGAACUAUUCAUCAUCACAGGAGCGUGGGAUGAAUUUCUCUGGAGUAGACUCCGUCGAAGACCUGCGCAAGUGCACCUCGUUGACUUCUUCUGUUUCGUCGCAUCACUUGCAGCUGGAAAAGCAGGACAUCCAAGAGCGAAACUUGCUCUAUCGCGAGCGAUUUCCUAUUCUGGCGAAGCAAAUGGAGGAUCAGCUCGAGCAAUUUAUCAAGGAAGAAACGGAGAUUGAGGAAACAUCGACUUCUGGUGACGCGGCCUGGGGAUUCGUGCACAAGCAAGUUAUUGAAAUCGCCCGAGUGACACUCCAACGAGCCCGAGACAACUCCAUCACUUGUCGAAUAUUCGCGGACAAUUCCGAGCGCUGCCAAGUGCUGAAAAACGACGGGAAGCAGAAAUCGGGCGUGAUAUCAGAAUCGGUGCUCAACUGUAUUCGCAAGUACAUGAAAAUAACGUCGCGCCCUUCUCGACUCUUACAGUACAUCGAAUUCGACACGGAAGAGUACAUCUCAAUUCUGGAUCAGCUGGAGGACGAAGGACAGACGAACAACUCGAGAGAUCCGCCGCAUCAAUACGUCCUCAAGAAACUCGGCCUUGACAAACCGACGAGCAACAUGGACAACGAAAAAGAAAGCUCCGAUGAAAAUGAAAUCCAGCAAGAAAAGAGCCAGGACGUCAAAAUCAACGAAGCGGACUUUGAGAAACACAAGUUAAUCAGUCAAGGUGCAUACGCGAAGGUGUAUCUUGUGAAACAUCGACAGACAAACGAGCGAUACGCGAUGAAAAGAAUCACGAAAUCGUCGCUGCGACUGAGGAAUCAAGUCCAACGCGCGUUUCUAGAGCGCGACAUCAUGACUUUUACCGAGAACCCGUUCGUCGUGUCUAUGUAUUGCGCGUUCGAGACUCAGACGCAUCUAUGCAUGAUCAUGGAGUACGUUGAAGGCGGGGACGUGCGCACUUUGCUCAAGAAUAUUGUUUCUCUUCCAGAAGAAUGGACGCAAAUGUACGCUGCGGAAGUCGUUUUGGCGCUCGAGUAUCUUCACUCCUACGGAAUCGUGCAUAGAGAUCUCAAACCGGACAACUUGCUCAUCACCUCCAUUGGGCAUAUAAAACUGACUGACUUCGGUUUAUCAAAGGUCGGCCUGAUGAAACGGGCAACAGAACUGUACGAAGAUCGACAAGAAGAAGACGCCCCAAUGUUUGGCGAUGCCGAACGCGUGGGAACUCCUGAUUAUUUCUCCCCCGAAGUCGUUCUCCAACAAGCGUAUUCUAUCGACGUCGAUUGGUGGGCCUUUGGAGUGGUGCUUUACGAGUUCGUACACGGAAUCACCCCUUUUUAUGCCGAAACAGUAGAGGAUGUUUUCUCGAAUAUCGUCAAAGGAAAGAUAGAAUUCAUGGAAGAAGAAGAUUGCGAAGACGAAGAAGAGCUGAUCGACCCGAACUGUCGAGACAUCAUUCAAAAUUUGCUGCUGAUCGAACCAGCGAACAGACUCGCCAGCGCGGAGGACAUCAAAGCGCACCCAUACUUCGAGGACGUGGACUGGAACAACAUCAUUCGCCAGAAAGCCCAGUUCAUCCCCGAAUUGAGCAACGAAGACGACACGUCGUACUUUGAUCCACGCUGCGAUCGCUACCAUCACAACUCAAGUGACGAAGAGUCGGCGAUUUUAGAUGAGCUGAGCGACUCUCGAGCCUCCUCAGAAGUCAACCUUAGGAACUUGGACUUUGCUUCCACCUCUCAAAAGUACAACUCGUCGUUUAGGAAGUAUGAAAGAGAAUCGCCAGCCGCCACGUCUCCCAAAAGCGAGCCAGGAACUCUUACUCCUCUUCAAUCAAGACAUUCUCUCAACGAUAGUCUCAUCUCUCCCGCUGCUGCUGCCAACGCCGCCAAGGAAAUCAUGAAUCACCACGAGUCAAAGUCAAGGAUCAUCAGAGAGUCAAGCUUUGACUCGAUUACUGAUGAACUGGCGAAUCGAAAUAGAGUUAGCUCAACGUCUAGCGACACUGACAUCAAAUUCUUCAUUUCUGGAGAAUCAGACGAGGAGGAAACAAUCACGCCCACAGGCAACUUACAACUCGGCAGCCGGGAUCUGCUAUCUCGCCGCUUUUCCAAUUCAUCCGAGUCCGAUUGUGCGCCUGUACGAGCUCUACUGUCUCAAGAUCGCUUCCGUCACCUCUCAGAUACAGAUAUUCCGCCUUACACUGCUUCCAGCGGAAGACGUGUGCCCAAAUCAGCAUCAACGUCAUCGAUUCCCGAGUCUCGACUGAUCAUCCCGAACGAUUACUCAAACGAGUUGUUCGGCCGCUCGAGCCAAGUCCAUUCUUCCAACCCUUCUUCCCGAGAUUCAAGUCCCAACCGCUGCGCAAGUCCGCUGCUGGGCGACACCAGGCAUAUCAAGAUUCGUACAGUUCGCAAUAGAGCCGAAAGCUUAGUUGGUACCAGCAGCCGAUUGAAAAACAAAACACGGGAUAUUGGAUUUCUCCUUUCUACAAUUCCUGUUUAUAUCGGAAGUUCAAAUAAUUAUACGCUUCAUCAUAUCGUCAGCAAGGUCUCGCCAGACUCGGAAGCCGAAAAAGCCGGGCUAAAAGCGAUGGAUCUCAUCACUCACGUCAACGGGGAAAUCAUUCAGGGAUGCCUGAACACGGAAGUGCUGAAUCUGAUCUACUCGGAGGGUGAUGAGCUGACUCUUUCGAGUAACCGGUCAUCAACAGCUAGGCAAUCCUUUAGUAAAUACACCCCCAAUCCGUUGACGAGAAGUCGAAGCUUCACAAGUCGAUCCUCAAGGCGAUCGCCUAUCGGCUCAGAGCGUCCUUCUCCUCGAUUAAGCCCCGUCUCCUUUGCAGACCACUCCCUAUCAAAUAUUUCGUGUAGAUCAACAGCUAGAUCGGCACAAAAAUCGAAUAAUGAGCUCCAGGUCCCGUCGGACGUUACCAGUGGCCGAACAAGUCCAAGGCAGAAAAGACCCCAACGAAAACAGUUUCCAAAGUUCACAAAUACCAUAUCGUUCAAGGAUAAAAGUAUCUACAGCGGCAAAAAUUGUCGCCGCAAAUCGGCGCCAAUGGGCGGCUCGCAUCCUGUUUCUGCGAUCGUUUCUGGUAGCAAACCGCUAAGUCCUCUUGCAGCUGGGCAGCAUCUACCUUUGAGCCCGUUGGCGCGAACGCCAAGUCCCGGCCCAGAAAGGUUCCAGCCUGCCGGGCCGCAGCGUUGUCAGAGCUGGGCUUCUGGCCGCUCCUCGCCAACUGCCACCAUCCAUGAAAAUUUCGGGCACAGAAACGUAAUGCGCCGCCGCGCAUCCCUCGCGUCUUGCCCCGAGGGCCGAGCCUAUAUCGAGAAAGCAUUCUAUGAAUGCGAGGGAGUCAAAGAAGUGUACGACUUCGAGUCUGCUAAGCGAAAACGCCGCCCAGGCCCGCUGAAGAAUGGUGGCUGGACGUGUUUGACAGUGAUCGAGGAUGAUAGUUACGUAGCCGUCUCGCGAAUCCACAGGACGGAGCAAGUCGUCGCCGGCCUUCGUCUCGGCAGCAAGGAAGCCUGGAUCAUCGACACUCCCUCAGACAAGCCACUGAUUCACAUCAAUCGCGAUUCGCAAGGGAACAUCGUGGUUGUGGACUCUGAAGGAACUCUGUUCCACUGGCACCCGCUCAAAGAAUGGAUGACCGUGCAGCGCGAUUUCGUCGUCAGCUCAAAGUCCACUAUCGUUAGCAAAUUCGUCGACAACAAAGUAGUGCUUCUCAUUCUCACCUGUUUGAGCCAGAUCUGCAACGCCUCCGUUGUCAAGCUCUAUUUUGACAAAGAAAAGAGCGCGGUGGAUCGGCUGAAACUGGACUGCUACACCUUUCCCCUUGCAGAUUGCUCUCCAGACUUUGAAGUAGGCAUGACUGCCACGAUUUCACGCAAAGCUGAUUACUUGGUAUUCACGAUGAGUUAUCGCUAUCCGAAGCAGAACGAGAUCAUCUUCAUGAAUCCCAACAACAAUGGCAGCAUCUUGCGUAUUAAUUUGGAAGGCUGUGGCAUCAACGCCGGUCACAUUCACAAUCCGACUCCAUACGAAGCGACGAGAUACAAAGUCGCGUCCAUUCAGUUUUCUGUUUGCGAUUACAUGGUCUUUGGCUUGACAAGCAUUGGGACAAUGUUCGUCGUUUCAACUCUAGGUUCGCUUCAUGAGCUCGUUUCGAACGACAACACAGUCACUAACAAACCGACAAAGUUCCUCCCUGUCGCUCUUUUUGAGCCACUUCUCAAUCGCCCGCCGCAGAUAUAUUCGUUGAGCGCCAGCUUCAAAGACCCGUUUCUUUUGGCUUCGGACGGCUACGGCCUCAAUAUCAUCAAAUACCCAAAUCUCCACUUAAAGAACAUGAACAUCUUUCUCAAUCAGCUCCUGACAUCGUCUUAUCUUCUGCUCAACAGAAAAGAAAUGGAGCCCGAGAGUGCAAGUGAUUCCCGAGCACUGACAAUCAAACCGUCCCAGAUCAAAAAGAAGAAUAUCCCUAACUUUUUCAAGAACGUUUUUGACACUGUUAUGGGCAAACCAAAAGACGGCCAGUUGCAAAUCUCCACUUCGACUAACAAUCUUAAUCUUCCCGAGACAGAAGUAGCGACCGACUCUGAGCAUUCGGACGACGAAGUGGUGCUUUACAAAAAAGAGUUCAACAACAAAAUUCGCGAGCGUUUUAAUCUUGCCCUUCUACCCGCAUUUGAAAAGGGCGCAAAUAGUAAGCUUACGACGUUUGAAAUUAUUCGCGCAACAGAAGAAUCAAUCCGUGGCUCUCUCGGUGCCAUUCUCGUCAAGGGCGAGUUGAGCGAAGACGAACACAACUGUUUAGUAGACAUCGUGACGCUUUUUGGGCGGUUUUCUGCGGCCGCUGUUUAUGAAACACCGAGAAUGGGAGAGACAGUUUUCAACUUGCUGAAAAAGAUCUCGAUGGACAUCUCUCAGCUCGGCUGGUGGGAUCAGCGAAAAGGCAUCAUCCUCGGCCUGCUCGAUAGAGUCACUGAUCUGCUUCUAUGCGCACAGGGAUCUCUUAUCGCAAAAGUUCUCGUGAGUCAGCCAUUUCCCGCCGAAUGGAAACACACGUUGCUAACAACAGAGGCCGAACUAUCCAAAACCUACAGGUGCAAAAUUCUCUUCGAACUUGCGCGUUCUGAUGUCUACAAGCUCUGUUGCUCCUCAACCGAGUCACCGGAACUAUUUCAAUUGAAGCAAUGGCUUCAUCGAGAGUUGUGCGACAUCGGCGUCGUUCCUCUUUCGCUACCAGCAGAUGAGACGCAUAAAAACGAAGAAUUGACUGAAAAGGAGCGUCAAAUGUGUCAAUAUCUCUCUCAAUACGAUAUCCUCGCCGCAACUACUCUCUUCUGCCAACUUUUAGUCGACGACGUAAAAUCAUUGGAAGCGAACGAGCAAACAUACGAGCGAAUUUACGCAAUGAGCACGUUCGUCCUCUUUGUAUCUGCAUUCUACGGUCGUCAGCCGGUCCUUAUUCCCUCGCCUUCUGUCAAUCGAAAUCUUGUACUUGAGCCGAGUCUGAUAAAGAAGUCGAUUGAGAUGUCCCAAAUGAGCACGCACUUCAAUCCAUCGAUGGGUCUUAGCUUGAUCCUCCUUACUGCCGAUUUCUCCAGUGCUUCCACUUAUUGCUCACAGCUUCAUUCAAUUCAAAAUGCCAUCGCUCUCCAAGCCAUCUCCCCAAUUUUCUCCCUUGAAUACAAUCACUCUUCCCGUAUGGAUGUCAAAGCAAAUGAGCUGAACAAACUGAUGGUUCUUCUGGAAAAACUUGUAGACUUCCGCAUCAGCAACUUUAUGAAAGACGAUCACAGCUCGAACAAUCAACUGCCAUUCAGUAUAAUUUCUCCAUUCAUUAUUGCUAACUGUGCGAAGAUCGACUUGCUUACUACUACCAUUCAUGGGGAAAUCGAAGAUGUUCUCGGCCUCCUAAAUCGAGCUGGAGCAGGAAAUGCCGAACCCGGGCCAUUUGCGCCCCUUGUUUUAGCUCAGCCGGGCAUACUCAACGAUGGCUCGAACGAAGAAAAACUCAGAGCAGUCAUCGCUAAAAAGAUACAGCUCUGUCUGAGUCUCCUUAAUGCCGCUGGCGUGGAUCGCUUCUUUUCGCAGUUUUUUGGGAGCAAGGUUCGUUCGAGCAUUGCCAAGACAGGAGAUGAUACAGAUGCAGCUGAUUUGUUUCUAAAUGAAUUGAGAAAUAUUCAAAACCAAUCGGUCGUCUGGGAUGAUCAGACAAAACCCCUAUUUGCCUGCUUGCGCGUUCUUUUCUCCUUUCUCUGGAUGUUUUUCUGCCGGGACCAGUACAGAAGAGCUGCCUUUCUCUUCAGAAGAGCCGUAGAAGGCGACGAAGCAAUCGCUCAAGGAACAACAUCUGAGCUGGUCCAGACAUCAUCCCAUCUGAUCAACAAAAUCGCCCGUUUGUAUCAAUUCAGCGACGUCCUCCACUGCCGAGCCGAUCUUCAGUCCGCAAUGAUAACAGCCGCGAUGGAAUCAAAGCCCAACGAACAAAUUUCGAACCAGUUAGCCAGAAUCUUCUACAACCCAGAAAUGAUUUGCAGACAAAACGAUAGAGAGCGAUUAAAAUUCCUCGUUGACCACAAAUUGGACUUGUACUUGCCAGAUGGGACUAGACAAGACGAUACGUUAGAUCUCGUCCCCGGCGGCACCUGUCGGGAUGUGUUCAUUCGACAAUGUGAAAAACUUGAGCAGCAGGAAUACAACUUCCAUAUUAGCGGUGAAAAUUUCGAUGAGUACAUCGCUCACUUUGGAAGGACAAAGUUCAAAAAGUACGAACGCUCAAGUGACUUUCUCUCAUUUAUGGCCGCUCAAAUCCAUCUUUUCCAGGCAAAUAUGGACGAGAAACCCAUUAGUUUGAUUCAAAAUCGCCACGAGAUCAUCUGCAGAUUAGCGAAAGACUACCACUGUCAAGACCAAUUCAAUCCUUUCACCGAAGCUCCAAAAUAUGAUCUCCCAAUGGUGUCAGCUGGAUCUGCCGUUUCUCGGCAGCAAGAGCACGAAGGCGAGAAAAACAGAAUCAAAGAAAAGCUCACGAACGCACUUAACCUUUCUACAACAGCUUCUCCAACCAAGAGUCCUCAUAAACGUUCAAGUUCUACUUCCAAUCUCGGACAGCGGUCCGACUCGAUUUUGUUUUCCUUGAAAACGAAAGCAAGCUCGACAGAGCAUCUCAAUCGAACUGGUCUCCACCAAACUUCUUCAAACAAGGCUCUUCGUAAGGUCAAAAGCCUCAGCCUCGGGGAGAGAGAUUCAGGGAGUCUGCGAACUUUCAUUAGCCGCCGAAUGUCUGAUCUUCCCGGCUUCCGUUCGAAACUAGAGGAUACCCCGGAAGAAGCUCUUGAGACUUACGAGCCACGAAUCAUCGAUCUCCUCGACGAGUUAUCAGAAUCCGAACUUUAUACGCUCUCUCGAUCAGCUGGAGGCCGUCAAGUUCUCGAUACGAACAUCGCUGCUCUUCUCAACUGGGUCUUUAUGGAUCAAAAGACCGCCUCCAAUCCGCACCAGCCGCUCGAGUCCAUUUCAAUCAAUCGCUUUCAUCUGACCCUUGCAACGCUUAUCCACGACAAGCGAACUACGAAAAGAAUUCUAGGCAUGAUUGACAGAAUCAACAACACUGUCAACGAGUCAUUGGACGCCUCGAAGAUGGAGAUGGUGACAAGAAUGGCUUCUCCUCCAGCAGAGGAUCUUCCCAAAGCAGUCUUUACUGACUCGCCUCGCGACGUUGCCCCAGAACCAGAUGAAACAGUUCCAGAAGUCUUAGUUUUGGUUUCAAAAGCUCAAUUUAAAUAA